AAAAUAUAAUGUUUAUCCGCUUUUAUUAUUGUUAUUUCAAAGCCCGCCUCAGUAACGUAAGGCACGUAUUAGCCGCAACGUUUAUGCAAAGGAAAAUCUACCAAUCACAGUGUGCGUAAGUGACCUUCAAGUGCUCAGCCUCUCCAUAAGCCAUUUGUGCCGCUAUCCUCUAUCCAGGACGACAGCACGCUGUCACACCAUGCAAAUAUUUCCGUGUAUUGUGCAUUUGAGGAUAAUGAAAGCAGUUGGCCAAGCUGUACCUUCUGCAUAAACUUAUUCGACAAAUCGCUGCACGACUUGUCUGCCUGGUAGGUUACCGUUAUACGUCUUCUAGUGUUACUCAUGUGGGAUUCAAGUAGGAACGCUAGGGAAUGCUCUAAUUCCCCACGAACCACUAUAUCCCUGGAUAAGUAACAUAUUCUCCUAAGAAAAUACAACGGAAGCUUUUUGUCUCCAGAUAAAGUAACCCCCGUACAAGCGCAUAAAAUUCCAGGGAAUUACGAUAUACAAUACCACAAUACUAACAUCUUUAUUACCGAAAUUGAUGGGCCGAAAGGGAAUUCGCAACGCUCGCUAUAAAACUAAGAACAAAACGAGGGAUAUUGACCAGAUAUGCACCGAUCUAAAAGAGGAAAAUAUUACUAAACGUAUGAAUGAGGCUAUGGAACCAGAUGAAGAUAGACCUGGUUUAGGUCAAUUUUUCUGCAUUUUUUGUGAUAAAUAUUUUAUUGACCAAGAAACUCUUGAUUUACACAAAAAACAGAAACCUCAUAAGCGGAGACUGAAAUCACUGAAUGAACCACCACAUACACAAGAAGAUGCAGAUUACGCUGCUGGAAUAUUAAAAGAUGAUUAUAAAGUACCUUCAAAGAGAUUAUGCAGAAAUACACCUGAUCUAGGCCAGUUAAAUAUUUCAUCAGUACCCGAAAGUUCUUAUGUCUACAUAGAAUGAGCGAAUGACUUUGUACAACUCCUUUUUUAUUACUGUACAGCUGUACAAUAUAUCAUUUUCACAGGGAUUUAAUGUGUACAUUGAUUUUUGUAUUUUAAAUACACUAAUGGAUCAAAUUUGGAUAAAA